GCUGGCACAGGCGAUAAAUAUGCCAUCCCUUCGUUGGCGAAGCCAUGCCAACCAACCAUAAUCAGGACCCUUAUUCGUCUACAUCGUUUAAACAAUAUCUCGUACAUAUCUACUGCUUCGAUCGCACUGCGGGGUCUCGAAAAUGGCGAGGCAAGUGCUUCAUAUAGCCAUGCUCAAUGCGGACGUGCCAGUCCCCAACGUUCAACCACGAUGGCCCUCCUACGGUUCUAUAUUUGCAAACCUUCUAACGAAAGCUGCCAAUCGUAUUGCUCCAAGCAUACGAAUCGAGUCCACCGAAUACAACGUACACUUGGACGAAUAUCCACCGAGCCUAUCCAACGUGGAUCUCCUUAUCAUCACCGGUGCGGCGGCUUCGGCAUACGACAAUCUCGACUGGAUACGAAAACUCGAUGGCUACGUCCGCGACGUAUAUGCGAAUCACCCACACGUCAAGAUCUUUGGAAGCUGCUUCGGACACCAGCUGAUAGGCCAAAGCCUUUUGAAGGAAUUCCGAAUUUACGCCGAGAAGGACCCCAACGGCCAUGAGGUCGGUGUGCAGGCCAUCACCCUCAGUGAUGAUUUCCGUUCAUCUUUUCAAAAUGCCCCAAGGAGUGACAACCUCCAAAACCCUCUUGCCGUACCAGAGGUUGUGCGCCUUCAAUUCAUCCAUGGCGAUCACGUCAAAAUUCCCCAUGUUGAUGCGUUGCCUCCUCGAUGGGUGAAUCUAGGGAGUACCGACCAUUGUGCAGUGCAAGGGCUAUACGAGCCUGGAAGGGUUUUCACCCUGCAAGGUCAUUUUGAAUUUGACAGAUUUGUCAACACCGAGGUUCUGAAGUAUUUUGCGACACAGGGUUGGCCAGUCGCGAAGAAGGAAUAUCUUGAGGCCGUUGAUGCAGAUGAUGACUCGGAAUUGGUAGCGGAGAUGGUAGUGUGCUUUCUACUCGAACUAUCUUCCAGUCAGGGGAAUGAAUCUUUUACAAAGGCUGGAGGAUUAUUGACACCUCCGCUGAUUUCAUGAUCACCGACGUUGUGGUAUCACUAAACCUAGUGUACGAGUAGGUCUUGACGUUAAUGGGGCUGUCGUCCCCAAGUCAUACAUCUGGUUGCAUACAUUAUUGGCGUAGCUGUCGAAUCCCCCUUGUCCAGUUUUUGCUUGACACGUUCUCUCAUAGAAUCAAAGAUAUGUUAUGAAUUAACCGCG